CCUCGGUGUCCCCUCUGUGUCCCAUCUGUGUCUCAUUGUGUCCUCUCUGUGUCCCCUCGGUUACCCCUCUUGUCCCGUCUGUGUCCCUUCCGCGUCCCCUCUCUGUCCCCCCUCUGUCCCCCCGGUGUCCCCCGGCCAUGCUGCGUGACAAGGACACCGAGGAGGAUUUCCAGCGCUUCCUGCGCCGCGUGGACGAUGUCACCAAUUUGCUGCAAGGGCUGAAGUCCCCGGACUCGGCAGUGCAGGAGAAAGCCAUCGCUGAGACAGAGAAAAGGCUCCGAGAGCAAGGGGCCGGCAGGGAGGAGGAGGAGGAGGAGGAGGAGUGCAGGACCACGGUGAACAGAACGCUCAUCAACCCUUCUGGCACACCAAGGGUGCAGGCAGCAGAUGCAGAUGGCUUCCUGGCAGCUUUGGAGAAGGAUGCCAAGGAACGAGCCCAGAGGAGGAGGAGGAAUGAGAAGCUGGCAAACGCCCUGAAGGAGCAGGGCAACGAAGCCUUCAGGGCAGGAGACUUUGCCCUGGCCAUCCAGAGAUACUCAGAGGGGCUGGAGAAGCUGAGGGACAAGCAGGAGCUCUACACUAACAGGGCCCAGGCCUACCUGAAGCUCCAUGAGUAUGAGAAAGCCAUCAGUGACUGUGAGUGGGCAUUAAAGUGCAAUAAGAACUGCCUUAAAGCCUGUUUCCUCAUGGGGAAGGCUCACCUGGCCCUGCAGCACUUCUCUGAGUGCAGGCAGUGCUAUGAGAAGAUGCUGCAGAUUGAUCCCCAGAAGGAAAACCUCUUUAAAGAGUGCAUGGAGGAGGCCAGGCUGGAGGAGCAGAGGCUGAGGCAGGAGCAGAGGGCACAGAGGGAGCUCCAGGCCGGGAGUGUGGCUGCUCUGUCCAUCCAGGAGCUGCUGCAGAGGAUCAGCAGCCCUGGCCACGACCUGCCCUACUACACAGGGGCCAUCAGCCUGCUGGCAGGAGCCGUCAACACCUGCUCUGGGCAGACGUUCUUCAGGACAAACAAUGGCUUCAGUAUCCUGAGCAGCGAGGCUGUCAGAGGGGCCUUCUGUGCAGAGAGCAAAAGCCCUGCUGAGGAGGAGCUCUGCGUUUCCCUUCUGCUCCUGUGGCAAGCUGCCUGUGCUGGCAAUGAGGAGAACCAGCGUGUGCUGCUGGCCCAGCCCGAGGUGGGUGCCCAGCUGCCAGAGCUGCUGUCCCGUGGCACUGCCCAGAUCCAGAGGGAGACCCUGGCCCUGAUCUCCCUCUACUCUGAGCACGAGGGCGGCCGCAGGCUGCUGGGCAGGCAGGACCUGAGCAGAUGGCUGCAGAUUUUGAUGGCAUUUGUCAAGUGCACUGAUGCAAGGGCUGAGAGUGCCAUGAACAUCCUGUCUGACUUAAGUGGGGAGGAAAGGUUCCAAGCCCAGUGUCGGGCCACGUUCUCCACGGCUGUUUCACCUUUUUUCACCCAGCUGCUGGUGUGUGCCAGGCAGGUGAGUGCCAGGCAGGUGCCCUGGGCAGCCCUGGCCCGUGCCCUGGCCGUGCUGGGCAGGCUCUGUGCAGAUGUUGGGCUGCGGGCACAGCUGGCUCAGAGCAGGGAGUGCUGGAAGGCCGGCCUGGAGCUGCUGGCUGGGUGCCCCGAUGCCAGCCCUGGGUACCAGCACUGCGUGUUUGCACUGCUGGGGCUGAUGAUGAACCUGCUGCUGGAAUCCAAUGGCACCAUCCAGGACUUUGCUGUGCCCAUCAGUGGCAAGUGCCUGGCUCUGCUCAGCCACCAGGACGGAAGGAUUGUCACAAGAGCCACAGGAGUGCUGAGCCGUGUCCUGCCUGCGUCUCCCUCAGCGGUGCAGGAGGUGGUGAGAGCAGGAGUGGUGAAGAAAAUGCUCAAAUUCUUGAAAGUUGGGGGACAGCUCACAUCCAGCUAUGCCAUAAAGACCCUUUCUGUCUGCACCAAGAGCAGCAGGAGAGCUCAGGAAGAGCUGAUGAAGGGGGAUAAAAGGUUCCAGGUGCUGCUGGGGCUGCUGCACUCCGCGGAUGAGCUGACUGUGGGCAAUGCAGCUUUCUGCCUCAGCCAGUGCCUGCUGCUGCCCGGGGCUGCCUCGUCCCUGCUGGGCUCUGGGGCGGUGCAGCUGCUGCUCAGGCACGCUGGGGGUGACGCUGCCAGGACCUCGGUGCAGCAGAACUCGGCCAUCGCCCUGGGCAGGCUCUGCGUGGCUGAGCCAAGAAAACAGAAGAAUUUAUGACAUUUCUGUGCAGAAUAAACACAGGCCAGCCCAGUUUGAGUAUAAAAUGGCUCUUUGGGUCCUCUCCUUGGCACCUGGGGGUGGCAGUUCUGGGGGGAACUUUGUCCCCCCAAAUUAUCCAGCAGCUUUUUCCAGAGAGAGAGAGAGAGAGCAGCUGGAUCAGCUUCCCCUUGUGAGAAACACUGGGCUGGCACUGGGGUCAGGGAGCUCCUGCUGGACCCCUGGCACAGCCUGGACAGUGGGGAAAAUAUUGUUCAAUAACGAGAAUAUUGUUAAAUAAUGGUAAAUGUUGUUGAAUAAUGGAGAAUAUUGCAAAAUAAUGAGAAUAUUGUUCAAUAAUGGAGAAUAUUGUUCAAUAAUGGAAAAUAUUGUUCAAUAAUGAGUAUAUU